UUGCAGACAACUUCAAAGAGGCUAGCAGACAGGAAGAUAGAGAAGUUUGAUAAGAACAUUACUAAAAGAGGUUUUGUUCCUGAGACCACCACCAAGAAGGGUAAGGACUACCCUGUUGGACCCAUCCUCCUCGGCUUCUUUGUCUUCGUCGUCAUUGGUUCAUCUCUCUUCCAGAUCAUCAGGACUGCAACUAGCGGAGGCAUGGCAUAAACGAAACCUCUUCUUGUUUCUUGUCUCACUUCUCCUUUAAUCUUAUUGUAGAAUGCUUUAGCUUUCUGUGUACUUUACUACAUGUUGUGAAGAAUUUUGAGAGUCUUUUCUAUAUAAAAUUAUCAAACCUUUUAA